AUGAGCUUUGAAAAGGAAGGUAGCAGUAGUCAGAUGUCGGACACCGACACCAACAGCUCCAUCUCUGCCACCCCCGUGGCUACCAUCCCCGGCGCCCAUCGCACCCAGCCAUCACAGACGGCAGGUAUGUCAAGUUUUAUUGAUUUAUUUUGUUUUUAGGGGUAUUUUUUGUGAAUUUUGACAAAAUUUGGACAAAUUGGAGAGUUUACAUAGAGGUUAUUUUACAUUUCUGUUUUAACUUUAGUUUCUUAACCGAAGUUGGCCAUAUUUAUGUAAUUUACUUUUAAUUUUUUACGUUUUUCUAAAAAACAAGUCGCAAUGACGAGUUUUGUCGAGAACUCAAAAAAUAAAAUAUUUUUGUUUGCCCUUCUUUUCUACUCGCCUAGUAUGAUUUUGGACUUAAAAAUGAUGUGAAAAUUUAGUUUUACUUUUCUUAGAAAUCAUUAGAAGUUUGUGUAAGUUAAUGAAUAAAUAUUCUUUAUGAUAACAUAACAUUUAGUAGAAAAAUUACGUAUUUUUUAUAUUGUCGACACUUCAUAAUAAACUCUGAGAUUUUGUACAAGUUGCAAAGCGUUAUAAUGUUAUCUCACUCAUUUUAACAAUGUAGUUUAAAUUAUUGUAUUUGUGGCCUAAAAUGCUUUAAUAACAAAUGCGUUAUAUUUUACACUCUUUCUUUUUAACUAUAAAAUAUGGUUUUGUUACCUAAACUAUUCAAUUUCAGCCAUGAUGAUGCACAAUAUGCCGGCAAAUCCAGUAGCUCCACAGCAGAAGCAGCAUCCAUGUGAGGCGAUUGUCACUGCAGCUCCAAGCUGUUCGAACACAGAACUUUUGUCGGCUUUCGAAUGUCCAGUAUGCUUGGAGUACAUGUUACCACCAUAUUUACAAUGUAACUCUGGACAUUUGUUGUGUAGCAACUGUAGACCGAAGGUGGCGUCUUGUCCGGCUUGUCGAGGACCAGUUCGUAAGUUAUUUUAUAUAUUUUUUGAAUGUUUAGGGAAAAAGUCAUGCAAUGAAGCAUGGGUGAGAAAGUUAUUGCUGUAGCUACAGUUGUAGUUUAUGGUUAACUUGUAAACCGUUAGCUACAAAAAUACAUUUAAAAUGAUAUUAGAAGUAAAUAAAUCAUUAUAUCAUCUUACCAUGCCAAUUUCAGCAAAUAUCCGUAACUUGGCGAUGGAGAAGAUAGCUAGUCAGAUGAUGUUCCCAUGUAAAUUCAACACUUCUGGUUGCUCAAGUCACUUUCUUCAUCAUCAGAAGGUGGAGCACGAAGAGAAAUGUGAUUUCAGACCAUAUUGUUGUCCAUGCCCAGGGGCAUCGUGCAAGUGGCAAGGAUGUUUGAAUGAAGUUAUGGGACAUUUGAUGAAGAUGCACAAGAGUAUUACUACAUUACAAGGUAAAUUCUUUGAAUGACAGUUGAAUUUGUUUGUAUCAGAAUAUCAAAAAGCCUUUGGAGUUAUUUAGAAGAGCCUUUCUUAUGUCUAUUUUUUGUUUUUACUCAGUAAAAUUUGAAAAAAGCUACAGUUUUAACCAACUACAAUAUAAAUUGUAGUGAGAGGCUAAAUAGUACAGUAACUUUAAAAAACAUAUUUAUAAAAAUAUCACAGUUUAAAGGAUCUUUUAUCAAUUAUAAUUUAAUUUUAAUGUUUCAGGAGAAGAUAUCGUCUUCUUGGCCACGGAUAUUAAUCUUCCUGGAGCUGUCGACUGGGUUAUGAUGCAAUCAUGUUUUGAUUCGUAUUUUAUGUUAGUGCUGGAGAAACAGGACAAACAAGAUCCAACCGGACAGAACUAUCAAAUAUUUUAUGCUGUAGUACAAUUGAUCGGGACAAAGGCCGAAGCCGAACGAUUUUCUUAUAAGUAAGUUGAGUUAGAUGGUUUGGGUGGUAAAUUCAUGAAAAUAUAUUAAAGUAAACUUAAAAAUGUAUCUUAUUUACUAACUCUUUAUUAAGUAUAAUCAACCUUACUCUUUCAGAAUGGAACUGUCAGCCGGACGAAGACGUCUGGCAUGGGAAGCCACGCCGCGUUCGAUCCACGAAGGUGUGAACACAGCAAUAUCACAAUCAGAUUGCCUCGCCUUCGACACGAAUCAUGCACAAUUAUUCGCAGAACAAGGUAAUCUAGGCAUCAAUGUAACCAUUAGUCAAGUGCAAUUGGGCAUGGACACUACCGGCCCCAUACCCGGCUGUCGCUAA